GCAGAAGAAGAGCCGGAGUCACCUAUCGUGUUAAACACGUUUGCAGUAUUGCAGAGACCACCCGUCUCUAACUCUAGCGCGCGCAGUACAGCGCGUGAUGCUGUACCUCCCAACCCGGCAAGCGAAUCCGAGACUGAACCGGAGAGCGAGCUAGAACCUGAGAAGCCCACCAUGAAAGCUUCACCGUCCCUGAAGCGCAAACAGUCGCCAUCCGGUACGAUCGCAUCGUCCAUGAAGAAACGCAGAGUAGAAUCCGACGAUGACUCCGUUACUGAGCCAGAAACGGAGGCGGAAGAGAUACCGGCCCCUCCGCCAAACCAGAAUGCUGCACGGCGAGUUACGCCUAAGGCGAAUGUGGACUCAGGUUCAGAAACUGAAUCAGAUGCCGAGGGCGAAGAGGAGUCGGACCAGAUUCUGCAGCCACGUCCCGCUUUUGUGCUCGCACCUGGCCACAAGAGUGGCAAACCCCUCGUCCUGGAUCCAGGUCAAGUAGUCCCCUGGAAGAUUAACACCUUCCUGAGAGAUUACCAACGCGAGGGCGUAGAAUUCUUCUAUCAGCGAUACAAGGAAGGCAGGGGCGGGGUGCUUGGUGAUGAUAUGGGUUUGGUAAGACCAUCCAGGUCAUCUCCUUCCUCUCGGCGAUCAUGAAGAAGAAUGGCGACAAGCGGGACAUCGAUCGUAGGCGCAAACACGUCUCGCAUUUGCAGGACAUCAGUCCGGAAUGGAAGUCUCGACGCGUCCUUCCGCCGGCCAACGCCACAUGGCCGACUUGUCUCAUUGUCGCACCGAGCUCGGUAGUCGGGAACUGGGAAAGGGAGUUCGAGACGUGGGGCUACUUCGAGGUUGGGAUGUAUACCGGCACCAAAAAUGAGCGUAGCGAAGUGCUUCAUGACUUCAAGAUGGGUAGGCUCGACGUCCGUGAGUUG